GCGACGUCACGCUCUGUGCCAGGAGCGAAACGCACUUGAUUCCCAUUACUGAUGAGCGGCACAGACGGAGCUGCUGGAGAACAAACAACCUGCUUCAAAAAUGAGGGUCAACACAGUGACGAUCCUGACGCUUCUGCUCGGUGUCUCUGUGACUCCUUCCUUAGCCACACAAGACGGUUUGGUCUCAUUAACUCCAGCCGGCCUCAGCGAGAAGGUCCUGGUCUUCCCCUACGAGACGGACUUCAGCUUCGUGGCGCUGAUCCCGCAGAAGGAGAUGGGUCUGCGGGCCUUCACGCUCUGCAUGCGCGUGGCCACCGAGCUGCCGGAAGAGCGGCAGAUCAUCCUGUUCGCCUACCGCACGGCCGACUACGACGAGCUCAACGUGUGGCGUGAAAAGGACGGCCGCGUCUCCUUCUACCUGAGCGGCGACGGCGUCUUCUUCCGCCUGCCGCCGCUCAGCACCUUCCGCACCAGCCUCUGCCUCACCUGGGAGUCUCGCACGGGUCUCGCCGCGUUCUGGGUGGAGGGGAAGCGCAGCACCUACCAGGUCUACAAGCCGGGCCACAGCACGCGUCCGAAGGGCACGGUGCUGCUGGGCCAGGACCCGGACAGACACCUGGGCGGGCUGGAGGCCACGCAGAGCUUCGUGGGGGAGAUGACCGACGUGAACAUGUGGGACUAUGUGCUCUCCAGGAGCAUGAUCCAGGCCUGGCACUACGGCCACAAGGUCCCCAAGGGAAACGUCUUCGACUGGGCCACCAUCGAGUACGAGCUGAGCGGGAACGUGUUGGUGGUGGACGACGACUGACUGCAGGUCAAAGUUCAUUCAGGCAGAGGCCAGGCUGUGGAGGUGGGCUUGGGGCUGGCGGUGCCGUUUCUCCUGUCCGUCUCAGACUCUCGGCUGUUUCUCUGUGAGGCCCUUCAGACUCUGCGUUUGUGAAGUUUCCUGUGAAAUCUCUCCAUAGGUUUUCUGCUUUUCUGUUGUCUUCCAUCUGGGCUCAGUGCCGUCACACGUCGGACCUUUUUCUACAGCCCAAUAACCCCAGAACUACACUGCAAAAAAAGAACUAAAAAUAAGUAAACCUUUCUUGAAAUGAAUGUAUUUGCCUUUGAUUUGAGGAGG